GAUCAGAUCCUUGUAUGGAAGGGAGUUAAUUGGGGGUUGUUUGGAUGCUUGUAAAGAUUUAAGCUGUAAACCCUUUACACAUGAAAAGAGUUUCAGGUGUAAACUGUUUACAUGCAAUUCUGUUUGUCUUUUAAGUGGUAAAGUGUUUACAGGUAAGCAGAUCAUGUGUUUGGCUAACUUGUAAAGGAUUUACAAUGUAUAAAGUAGGCAUUCACACCACAUGGAACUUGGGGCAGUAAAUCCUGCCAAUAUCUGCAAAUCACAUAAAAAUUGCUUUAUUUUUUUGGGCCCUAGGAGAGCAUCAAAGUAUACACAGGAUUUAUGGAUUGGAUAUCCUGCACGUACAUAGUGGGCCCCACACACAAUCAGGAAGGUCUUAAUGGUGGGUGUCCCAUCCCAAAUGUUCCCUCUCGUGUGGCCCAUCUGAUGAUCAAUGCGGCUGUUUUUUUUUGGGUUCGUAGGACAGCAUCAGGGGAUGCACAUAAUGAAUAGAUUGACUGUACUAUACACAUCACGGUAGGCCCCUCACUCAUGAAUGUGUAUCAACCAUUGUGUUCUACCAUCUAUAAUGUCUUUUCAAUUGUAAAGACUUUACUUGUAAUAUGAAACAUGGCUUUUUGCCCGUAACCCCUUUACAACUAAGGAUUUUAUAGGCAUCCGAAUGAGCCCUCAGAUUUCCCCACCGUGGUAUCAGUAUCACAAAGAUGUCAUGGUCCAACAACUAACAACACAUAAUUGUAACAUGAUGAGUUCGAUUAACCUCUUCAUUAUGGUUUAAGUUUAGAUGGUGAAGGAUUAUCUUGUCUGACUCAUUCUGAUGACAAAUAUUAAGUUAUUCAAUGCAUACAAUUGAGAUUGUCUUCAAGGAUGCAUUUGUGUGGAAAUAUCGACUUCCCAUGGUAGGGCUUCUUGCAGAGUGCGUGCUUGAUAUGCUUGUUAGUCUUGUUAAAAUGGUAAGUGAUUCAGCUACAAAGAUCGGGUACAGUUUUUCUAAAAACAGUUCCUUUGAAGAGUAAGGUCCACUUGUGAAGUGAUUGCAAUUAGAAGUCUGAAGGGGACCUACUAUCUCUAGAACUUCUCUAGGCAAUGAAUCAAUGGUGCAUGUUAUGUUAGCACUGGCUAUGUUGUUUCUAGUUUCAUAGGCUGUGUGUCUGUUUGCUCACCCUCAAUUAGUAUGUUUGAAUUCUGGAAAUGGUUACUGUUUAUGGUUAUUGAGACUGGAUUCAAUAUAAGAAUAGUAACAUGAGACUUCACCUACAUGCAGGCUCAACCCAAUGCACUAAUUCAUGUCUGAGUGCUGUAUCUGUUCUUAGGAUGAGCAAUAGCUUGGAGUUGUCGCAGACCAAAAGAAAGAAAAAAGAAAGAAAGAAAAAUACCAAUAUGGAUGAUUUGCUCAUUUUUAGGAGCAAAUGGUCAGUUCUGUGAACCACUUUUAGGAGUAAAACACCUUGGCUUAGACUGCUGUUUUAUUGAUAUAGUGGGAUAUGCAGAACCUCCCUUCACAGGAAAACACGUACAAGCAACUAAAUCCAGUGAUUGUAUCUUAAAUUAGCCUAAACAUUUUUGAAGCAGGAACUCAUUUGUAGUUCAUGAUGAAGAAUUUAAGGCUGUUUUCGACAUUAACUUGCACAUGGUGAGAUUACAUAUGGCCCUUGAUGCUUCUCAUUAUCAUCAUAGCUCUGUCCCAGUUAUUUGGGGUUGUGUAAGGAACUUUCGCGUUUGCUUUGCAAAGAUCUAUUAUCAGCUGUCUAUUUGACUGCAACCCCCCUCUCCCCAGGCUGGGGAUCGACCAGCUGGCUCAUCAUACUCAAUGCUUGCAAUUAUAAUUUAGCAAAUCAUUUCAUGUUUUAUUCACUGUACUACCCUCAUUUUGAAGUAUGGGAAUUGUUUUUAGCUUUCAACGGUCAAAAAUUACAUUUGCAUUUUUGUUAUAGACUGGAAAUUAUAGUUAUAGAUAAAAUCCUUCUGAAAUGUCUUAGAAACAUUUAGUUUUCAGAAUUAGUUAAAAAUAUUAUGCAAUGGAAGGAGCCUUAUUGAAACAAUGUCUGUGCCCAACCUUUUUCCUCAAUGCUCUGGUAAAAACUGGUCAUCCUGAUGCUAAAAAGAAAAGAGAGAGAGAGAGGAAAAAAAAAACAACUACUAGUCAUCCUGCAUGGACGUUCAUAGAGGAAAAAAGUGAUGUGAGGUAUGGGUCCUGUGUGGGCUUCAAUUAGGUACACCUGGUUUUUAGCCUCCCAAAAUUUCAUGCCUUGCCUGCUUUGGACUGGAUUUGCACUUUCUAGCUAGCUCUGUUUCAUUUUCAUCCCCCAUUCAACUGAAGUCUGUAAAAUCAUAGUUGUCUAUGGUAAGGAUCACGUUCAUCAGUUGAACCUCAUUGAAUUUAUUUUCAUCUUUAAAUAAUAACAUGGUGCAUGAAGAUGACAAUAACGGUAUACUUGCAGAUUGCAUUUCUAAUUUCUGUCCAGGUUGGCUUGCUUCUCUGAUUUGGCCCUAUUCAGAGCUCAAACAGAACUCAUUCAGCCUAACUUCUGGUCAGUCGUAUGUAGCACCAAUUGAAAUGGCACCAUGCUGCCUUUCAAAAAAGGAGAAGAAGAAGAAGAAGAAGAAGAAGAAAUAGCACCAUGCUGCAAACAAUGUACAACUCAAUACACGAACUUUGAUAUGCGUAUUGUGGUUAGUUGUUGGCAACAAAUACUUUAAUGAUAAGCAAGUAAAAGAGGAAAUAAUGCCGCAAGAACUGCGAAAGAGAAACUGGAAGAGUUAUGCAGUGAUGCAUACUGACUUCCUUUUUUCUUCCCCUCUCUCGGGAAGUGGGAUGAUGCAUACAGACAAGAACUUACUAAGCUAAAGGAAUUCCAUCCCAAAAGAUGAGGGUGAAGGAUGGAUCUCCCCUUAGCAACAACGUUCUCUUCCUUUGGCCUUUCAGUGAACAUGAUUACAUCAAACUUCAUGCAAUGGUCAUAAAUCUAGAAUCCCCAAAAUAGAAUCAGUUAAUUUCGUUGGUAACUGCUCUGCACCAUCCACUCAAUGGGACAGUCAAUUUCUGCUAGAAGUGGGCUGGAGAAAGAAUCCAAAAAUGGGUUCGAGUUACAAAGGAGAGCACGAACCGUAAUGCUUGAGUUUAUUUUAAUUUAAUAUUCUGAUUGAAACAGAAACGCAACCCUCAACUGGCUGACUGCAUUAGUUGUAUUGAAGUUCACUAUUUUUCUAUAGUGAACCUUAUAUUCUUUUGCAUUUCUUAGGUAAGUUAAUUUUGACGUGCUCAUGGUUAUCCAUUUAUUCGGAAGCCCUGCUAUAGAAUCUACCACUAGAAUCUUUCUCCUUAUUAUCCCUGUUCCUGACCUAGCCUCAUAAUUGACAUUGAUUAGAAUUUCAUGAAUGUUAGAUAUACAUUGAGAUUAUGGUUUACCGCAAAAGGUGAAACACAACGGGGCUGCAAAGUAAUUCCAUAGAAUUAGCUGGAUUGCAAUCAAAUUCAUUUCAUUUUGUUUGGCGGAUGCAUUUUGGAACUGAAGACUCAGAAGCUAAAAUUAGAUAUCAGUUCUAGUUUUUGGCCACUGCAAGUCAAAAGUGUGGACUCCCAGGUAUAACUAAUGGUACUGGUCAUUUUUUGUUUGGGUGUGCAUGGAGACACACCCGUUGAUUCUUCCUCAGCCUUAUUUGGUGACAGGCAACUGCUCAAGUCGUGCUUCCAACAUAUUAUUCAUUACUUCUUUCAUAGCUUCGAGAAAUCCCCCAGACAUGAUGCAUAUGUGCCGAAGUUUGAAGCGGAACUUGCUCAAUUUUGUGAGAAGCUGGUGAUGGAUUUGGACAGAAGAGUAAAGCGUGGUCGGGAGCGGAUAGCCCAGGAGGUGGAUGUUACACCAACUGCUCCAAUCUCAAGCGAGAAAUCUGAGCAGCUAUUGGUCCUGGAAGAGAAGAUAAAGAAAUUGCUGGAGCAAGUUGAGACCCUUGGUGAAGCUGGGAAGGUGGAUGAAGCAGAGGCACUCAUGAGGAAGGUGGAGAUGUUGAAUGUUGAGAAGACAACCUUGACACAACAAGGAUCAAACGAUAAAGUGUUGAUGCUUACACAGGAGAAGAAGAUGGCACUAUGUGAGAUCUGUGGUUCUUUCCUAGUAGCCAAUGAUGCUGUGGAGAGGACACAGUCUCAUGUGUCUGGAAAGCAGCAUAUUGGGUAUGGCAUGGUACGGGAUUUUAUUAGCGAGUUCAAGACGGCCAAGGAGAAGGCAAGAGAGGAGAGACUGGCAAAGGAGAAGGAAGAAGAGGAAAAGAGAAAGCAGAAGGAGAAAGAGAGCGAGAGUAAAACUAGAGGGCAUGAUACUGAAGAGAGAGAAAGGCACUCGGAGCGAGACCGAGAUCGAGAUCGAGAGCGUGAUCGGUACCGAGAGCGGGACUGGGAACGCGAAAGGCCUCGAGACUGGAAUGGCAGAGGGAUCAGGGAUGGAGGCAGGGGGGUGGAUAGGAAGCACAACCAUUACCGGAAUGGGAGGGACUGGGGUAGGGACAGGUACCGUGACCGGAAUGGGAACAUGGACAUGCCAAGGGACAGGGGUUGGGAGAGGAGUAGGUCUCGUUCUCCUUCUAGGCAUAGUCACAGGAGGUCAUCAAGAAGCCCGGUUCGGCCAUAUUAAUGGAUGUACUGGGCAGAUAGAUGCCCAAUCUUUGAAUCCAAAGAGGUAGAUUUCUUUGUCUCUUUUUCUGAAUUGUUCCUUUGUUGUCUGAGUCUAAAGUAUAAUCAUGGAUGAUAUACUCUUUCUUUCAUCAAACAGUUCUGUUGAGAUCCUACCAUUUCCCAUAUCGAUGAUUUUAGAGGAGAAAGGUCGAGGUAGGUGAAUUUUAUAUUUUUUUCCUUUUUUGUUUGACCUUGGUUUCUUUAGGCUUGUUUUGAAUUUACAUGAUCCAUAGAUUAAGAUUCUUUCAUGCCCA